CCCCUUCUGGUUUUAGUGUAUAAAGCUGUGAGUGCCUGUGCUCUCCUAGUCAUCUCUCAGAAUGGAGUCUGUGCUGAGAUAUUUGGACUGGACGUCUGUGAGCUUGGCCCUGCUGGGUGGUCUGCUGUUUCUAUUUCUGAUGGAGAGUUUAAGGUUGAGCUCCUCCCGGAGCCGCAGCCCCCCUGGACCCAAACCACUUCCCUUCGUGGGUAACCUGCCCCAAUUUGUGAAGGAUCCAAUGGCCUUCAUCAGAUCGAUGACGAAAUAUGGUGAUAUGUGCUCCAUGUAUCUAAGCAGGAAGCCAACGAUUGUGCUGAACAACAUGCAGAUAGUGAAAGAAGCAUUCGCUCAGAACGGGGCCGCAUUUUCUGGAAGGCCGUUCGUACCGUUAAUGAACUGGAUCACCGAUGGCUAUGGUAUCGUGAUGGUCACAUAUGGUGACUCUUGGAAACAGCAGCGUCGCUUUGCUCUGCACACGCUGCGCAACUUCGGUCUGGGCAAGAAAACGGUGGAGGAACGUGUGGCUGAAGAGGCGCGAUACCUCAUCGGAGAGAUGCUCAAACAGGAAGGGAAGGCUUUUUAUCCCCUCCACCCCAUUCUGAAUGCAGUUUCCAACAUAAUCUGCUCCAUCGUCUUCGGAGACCGCUUCGAGUAUGAAAACAAACGCUUUGCUAAGCUGCUGGAAAUUAUGAAUCAGAGCAUGCGACUCGGUGCAUCACCUGUAGGAAAGAUCUUCAACUUGCUCCCAGUAAUAAAAUACUUUCCGGGCCCACACCAGACGAUGUUGCAGAAUGCCAUUUCCUUCAAGGUAUUUAUCCGCGAGGCUGUUGAGGAGCACAGGCUGAUUCUGGACCCUGAAAAUCCCCGGGACUUUAUUGAUGCCUACCUGAUCGAGAUGUCCAAGCAGCAGGAGUCAAAGGAAAACUCCACAUUCCAUGAAGAUAACUUGAUUAUGUCCGUUGCUGACCUCUUCUUUGCUGGGACGGACACUGCGGCAACUACUCUCAGAUGGGGCCUCAUUUACAUGAUGGACCACCCUGAUGUGCAAGAGCGCUGUCACGAGGAGAUCAUUCGAGUGCUGGGUUGGGACCGCUCUCCCUGCAUGGAAGACCGUGCCAGCCUCCCAUACACUUAUGCCACUGUGCAUGAGAUCCAGCGCUAUGCAAACGUCGUUCCUCUAAGCGUAGUGCAUGAGACCACAGAGCCAACACAGCUGCAAGGAUACCACCUGCCCAAGGGAACAAUGAUUCUACCCAACCUGACUGCAAUCUUGGCUGACAAAGAGCACUGGAAGUAUCCAGAUACAUUCAACCCAGAGAACUUUCUGGACGAGAAGGGACAGUUCUGCAAAAACGACUUCUUUCUGCCUUUUUCUCUGGGUCCGAGGGUCUGUCUGGGUGAGAAUCUAGCCAGAACUGAGCUCUUCAUCUUCUUCACCUCUCUGCUCCAGCGGUUAAAGUUCUCAUGGCCUCCUGGAGCUCCACCAGCAAACAUGGAUGGCUUGGUGGGCACUGUCCGCUCUCCAUUUCCCUUCAAUACAGUCUGCCGCAGCAGGGAGACCACCCACUGAAUCAGACCGUGGUGUACAGAAAACAAAACCUGCUUUUGGAUUUUUGGAGCAUUUCUACUCCGCAUGAGUAGAAAUGUUUCUGUGCAGUUUCACUUUUACCUCAUUACAUUUUGAGAAGUAAAUAUUUAAUUUCCUGAGAGGUUUUUAGUUUUUGCUUCUACUUAAUGUCAAACGUUAGUGUUGUGUGGCUCUUGUAGUCGAAGGUUCGACAAUUUGUGUGUAAAUUAAGAGAAAACAAAUGGGUUGCUCUAAGACUAAGAAGACCCUCCUCCUGCCUCUUCUUUGAACGUUCCAGCUCCACCCCCUCAUUAUUCCCAACACCCGUGGCUUGUCGUGCUAAUUUGCCUAUGGUUUUUGUAUUUUUUGUAAUUCAUGGCUGAGGCCAACUGUGCCUUGUUAGUCCUUACAGUGUUUGACUUGUACCUUCUUUGUUUGUUGAUAGUUGAUGAAUUUGCCUGCAUUUUACAUCUUGAUUCAUCCGAUAAAAGUACUUGUCAACAUGUGAAUAUUUGAUUCAGCGAUUAGAGUUUUCUUUAAAUAACAAACACAAUGCAAAUUUUGUUGAUUAGUUAAUUAGAAGGUAGAAUAAGGUUUAAUUUAAAAACAUUGAAGGACACUUUACACUUUACUUGAAGAGUGUCUACAUAACACAAUCAUUACUUCAUAACAUCUAUAUAUAUAUAUAUAUCUAGCCCCAAGAGGCCAGAGAGAAAAGAAUUUACACCACAAAUCACACUACAAUGAAGCACCACAAACCCCAAAAAAAUACGAAUACAUGAAACUACUCCACACUCAUCACUCCAAAUAAUAAUGCCAGGACUCUUAUAGUUCACCCCAGUAGCAUAGCCCAAUUAUUAAUAAACCUGGUUGUCCCACUGAACUGACAUUCUCUGAGGGUUAAUGUUGCACUGUGAACCCAGACAUUGAUGAAUGUCUGUUUGGCCUUUACCUCAAAAGUGAUGGAAGACUGAGACGCAUGUUACGUGAGCCUUUAAAUAGCAAUGCAAAGCAGUUUACAUGCAUUCAUGUGGCUGUCCAACAUCUACAGAGAACGGGUGAGGAUUCCGGCCCCGUAAAUUCCUUCACGCGAUCCCAUCACCACACUAAGAUUCCGUUAAAUGAUUGUUCUCAGCAUAUUUAUGAGAAAUUUACUGUCCAUAUGGUAAAAUAACAUGUAAAUCAACAAAUGCUUAAGUAAAACACAAUUGAAAGGGAUUGAAAUAUACGUGAAAAGUGCCUCAUUGUCAAAGCGCUUAAUGACUAAAGGGAUAAAGCAAGGUCAAUUUUAUUUUGCCUGUCCAGGAUUUUUAUUUUUAAAAUUGUAUCUCUGUAAAACGACCACAUCAAUAUCAUGUAAAACAUGUAGACUUGAUUUAAACAUUCAUGCAGACGUUAUGGGGUGUUUAUGUAAGAUGUUUUGAAUGCGUUAUGUAGAUAUCCUUCAGCUAAAGUGUUACUUUUUAUACUUCAAUAAAAGGAUUUGACUCUGUGGAAA